AUGUCUACAGCAUCCGGGAGUCAAACAGGUUUUCACAAUGCACCGGUAACGAAAGGUCUCUUAAUUUGUAUAGGGGGAUGCUCAUUAGCUUCCUAUUUACUUGAUAUUAGAUCCUCAUUUCCUUUGCAACUUACACAUAAUGAGUUAUGGCGAUUAAUAACUUCACAUAGUAUCUUGACUACAUCGGGUGAAUUUUUCUUUGGGAGUAUAGUUAUGUAUAAUCUUAGAGUAAUAGAACGCCAAUUUGGAUCGUCAAAAUAUGCAGCAUUCUUUUUCGUAUCGUCCGCGUUAUCUACAAUUCUAGAAGUUGGUGCGCUUGCAAUUGGCAAGCGAUUUGGGGUGACAUUUAUACCCGCAGGACCAUAUGGGUUUAUCUUUGCUACACUUUAUCAGUACAAUAGAAUAAUACCAUUUACUUACCAGUAUCGAGCUUUUGGAUAUAUGUAUUGUUUGGGAGUUAUACCGUUUCUUUAUUUUCAAUAUCCAUCCUCAAUUAUUGCCGGCAUAUGCGGGCUUUUAGCCGGUGCUAUUUAUAGGAGCGGCUUUUUGAAGUUAAAUAAACUUCGUUUUCCAAAGAUUAUUAGCCGAUUCGUUUCAAGAUUUAUAUUACCCUUAUUGUCAACACCUCCACCUAGGCGCUCAUCUUCUCUUGCAGUUGAUCAUCAUGCACAAGCAAUUCAACAAGAACGAGUCAUGAGACGUCAUGCUCCAGCACAAGCACCUUCUCAACACAUAACAAGCCAGCAAUCUAUUAAUGAAGAAAGCAUUGCUAAUUUACGAGAUAUGUUUCCUCAAAGCUCUCAAGAAACUAUUACGCUAGCUCUGCUCUCUUCUGAUAAUGAUAUUAAUAGAGCCAUUCAAUUUCUACUGGAUAAUUCAUAG